AUGUCAUCAAAAAAUGAUCACGAACAAAGAACUCCAUAUGUUCAGAGAAAACCUCAAAAACUUUGUCUAGAUUGUAAGGAAAAGAACGACUGCAGUAAAAUAGAAGAGGUUAUUGACAAUUUUCAUGAAAAUCAUAUAAAGCCGAAUAAGACCAAUAAAAUUUCUAUAUUCCGUGCAAAAUUCACUUUGAAUAGCGUUCCUUGUGAAUUAGAAUACGAUUUAUCACGUUUCACAUUAGAAAAUUUACAAAAAUUGGCUGAUUUUGCAACCCAAAAUUGCAACAAUAAAAAGAAUAACAUUCCUUGUGAAUUAGAAUACGAUUUAUCACAUUUCACAUUAGAAAAUUUACAAAAAUUGGCUUGA